UCCAGACCUUACAUAUCCCUACCAGAGGCAGGUGGCAAUGUCUACAGGGCGUGGGUCUUUGCAAACCCAUGAUUACUAUAAUGAGCCAUCACUGUCUGGCAGAUCCCUUGAGGAUCCUCGAUAUUACAGAGACCAUGUGUUGAACCGUUCAGCGCACAGUUAUGGACCACAUAUUAGCAGAGCAGCCUGGGAGCAGGCUCCAGGUCUCAUUAAUAUGCAAGAAACUGGACGCUCAUAUAGAGAUCCUGCAGGUAGAGUAAUCACUGAGGGACAGCGUUCAAGGAGUCGGGAUUCUUCCCCUGCAAGAUACACCGUGGAAACACCAAACCCCAGAUAUGGGUCAGAGGCUGCCACAUUUCCUAGCAGACAUUUGUAUAAUGAGACAAUGGAAAGAUCCAUAGAUCCCUCAGCAGGGAGACAGGCUGGUCCCACCUGCCUAGUGGUAGAGCCUAGUGAAGCUGCUGUCAUGGAUGGUACACUGGGGACUUCCUCUGUUUCAGCAAACCGUAGUUAUAACUCAGCCAGAGAGAACGUCAGUGCUAAGAUGGCUUAUGAUAACUAUGAGAGCUCUCUGGCUCCAUCUCAUGCUCAGAUUCCAAUGUCAUUGUCAGGAGUUGAACUAAAGAGGGCUGUUGAUAUGGAGUUCAUCUCUGCUCUGAGGAAUGAAGGCCUAUCUGAGAGCACUAUCAAUGCAUUGAUACAGCAAGGGUUUGACACGCCCAGCUCGCUAGCUGUGAUGGAAGAGCAUGACAUUAAAUCAGUGGCGCCUAAUCUUGGACAGGCGAGAUUGCUUUCAGGUCUCAUCAAGAGCUACAGGGCAGAUUUGCAGGUUCUACGACAUGAUCUGCAAAAAACAAACUCAUUGAGAGUUCGGGCUCGCUCAAAUAGUUUCAGUCAUCGUGGAGACCUUAUGCGCAGUGAGCUUGGUCUGCAAUCCGUCAAUAAUCCCAUGGUUGAUGGGUCUUCCAACCCACAACACAACAUUUCUUUACAGCCGGUUUCACCUAGGAUGAGUGAACUCAACCGCCGGCCUUCCAGUGCUCCAUCUCAACACCUGCUGGAGACAGCUAGCUACCCAUCCUGUGGAAUGAAUAACCAAAAUCAGUUUAUGCCUAAUGCUGGAUAUUCAGUUCCUAUUCAACAACGCCCUGCAUCAGCCUUCCCUGCUCAGUCUGGUAUACCAAUGACUGUUGUCCAUAACAAUCUUAACACCAGUCCAAAGACUGCUUACCCAACAAGUUACACAGUGCCCAUGGAACUAAUGAAGAGAGAACGCCUCCCACCCUCAUCCCCUCUGCACAGCCCUCACUGCAGCCCCCAACUUUUACGCAAACAGGGAAGUCACCUGGAAACCUCACUUAAUUUACCAUCACCUUCCAUGUCCAGUCAUCAUACACUCAGCUCUCCUUACCAGAAAGUCACCCGACGGACAGGACCACCAAUUAUAGUCUCCACCAUGUCAUCACCAGAAACAAGUAUGAGGCCCCAGACUAUGAAUGGCCCCAUGCACCCCCGCCCGCUGGUGGCCUUACUAGAUGGAAGGGACUGCACUGUUGAAAUGCCAAUCUUAAAAGACUUGGCUACUGUGGCUUUCUGUGAUGCCCAGUCCACACAGGAGAUCCACGAAAAGGUUCUGAACGAGGCAGUGGGCGCCAUGAUGUAUCACACCAUCACACUUACACGUGAAGACCUAGAAAAAUUCAAGUCUCUGAGAGUCAUAGUUCGAAUUGGCAGUGGGUACGACAACAUUGAUAUCAAGGCUGCUGGAGACAUGGGUGUCGCAGUGUGUAAUAUUCCCUCAGCAGCUGUUGAGGAGACAGCAGAUUCCACAAUCUGUCACAUCCUUAACCUGUACCGGAGGAACACUUGGCUGUACCAAGCACUGCGUGAGGGGACGCGUGUUCAGAGUGUGGAGCAGAUAAGAGAGGUGGCAUCAGGGGCAGCCAGAGUUCGCGGUGAGACCCUGGGAAUCAUAGGUUUCGGCCGCGUUGGUCAGGCAGUGGCUGUGAGGGCCAAAGUGUUUGGCUUCAGUGUUAUCUUUUACGAUCCGUACCUGCCGGAUGGUGCCGAGCGUUCCUUGGGAGUGCAAAGGGUUUAUACACUGCAGGAUCUUCUGUACCAAAGUGACUGUGUGUCCCUGCACUGCAACCUUAACGAGCAUAAUCACCACCUCAUUAACGACUUUACAAUCAAACAGAUGCGGCAGGGAGCGUUCCUGGUGAACACAGCUCGGGGUGGCCUUGUGGAUGAGAAAGCAUUAGCUCAGGCACUGAAGGAAGGCAGAGUACGAGGUGCUGCUCUGGACGUGCACGAAUCGGAACCUUUUCUAUAUGCGCAGGGUGCUUUGAAAGAUGUUCCCAACCUAAUCUGCACCCCACACACGGCGUGGUACAGCGAGCAAGCAUCACUCGAGAUGAGGGAAGCCGCAGCUACAGAGAUGCGCAGAGCUGUUACAGGGCGCAUUCCAGAAAGUCUCAGGAACUGUGUAAACAAAGAGUUUUUGGUUGGAUCAGCUCAGUGGACGACUAUGGAACAGCCAGGAGCUAAUCCAGAACUGAAUGGAGUCGCAUACAGAUCGGUUUGUGUCCAGCCGCUGCAAGGAGAGAAGCGCUGAGCUUCGUUUAAAAUACAUUCCUCACUGGUAUCAGUCACUUGUCAGCAGUCCUGCGUCUGGAAUACGCACAAAUAAAAAUCCCAUAUUCCAUAGUAUCUCCUCAGUGACCCAUACUUCCAUGACAUCUCCUUCCAAGCAGCUGUCACAUCAGAGGAAGCAAUGAUGAAAACCUACAGGAAGAUACAUGUCUGGUUGCAGACAAAAGCAAAUUGCAGCCAGUGACAAUGCAGCAGCAUUCUAACUAACAAAUUUAAAUUGAUUUAUUCAAGUGCAUCUUAAUCAGUGAUAACAUUUACUGUAACCGAGACAAGAAGUGAGAAGAAAAAGCACAAAACUACAAUGGAUGGAAGUCUAUUCUUCUACGGUGUUUGAAGCUGUUAGAAAGGUUCAUAUAGUUGUAACCUCAUUUAUACUGAUGCAAAAAAUUCUCUCCAGGUCAAACUGGAAGCUAAGGUUAGUGCUGCUCCUAAAGACCUUCUUCCUGAUAACAAAGUGAUCAUCUAUUCCAGCAUUAAAAUCAAAUACAGACUUGGAACAAGCAGUUGAUGGUGGAUCAACUAACAAAUGUGUGGUUAGUGUCUUACCUGUUUGUCCUUCUGGUCUAAUGGCUCAGGAAAACAUAUUGUCUAGGUACAGAGUAAGUAUUUUGUAACGCUGAAGACCUCUGUAAUCUUUCAUGUGUUACAUUGUAUGUGUUGUUUAAUUUUACACUUUUUUUUUUCUUUUGUCUCAUCAUUUUUAUUUUUAUUUUGAAAUGGACAAAUAUGUUGGUAAAAUAUGCUCUAGCCACUUUGAAGUGAAAUACACCAUAGACCAAAAAAAUGUGUCAGUGUUUCACCUCAGUGUCUGAUUCCUCAUUACAGACUGGUGUUAUCUUGGUAUGGUUAAGAUAUGAACCAUGACAUCCAAUGAAAGUGUCAACACUUAGCAAUAACUACGAUCAGAUCAUCGUACAACAAAUUAAGCUGACGCCUGCACCAGCCAUGUUUCCAUUGUGGAACCAGAGAGACUUCCUAAACCACAAGAUGAAACUUUGUGAGACACUAGGCAAAUAAAUAAAGACAACACAGAAUUUAUGUAUGUAAUUGUUUGUCGUGGAGGCUUAAAUAUUAGCAGUCCAGUAAAACCAUCACUUUUAAAUAGUGUUUUAUGAAGAUGCUAAUGUCUUGUUCAGGGCUCCAUCAAUCACAAACAUUUUACUGCCAUUUGCUGUAAAUCAUUAAAUAAAGACCUGACUUUAAACAA